GGCGCAUGUCAUGUGGGGUGCCUGCGCUGCCGUCCCCCGCCGCUGGGUCGCUGCUGAUGCCGAGCGGCGGAACGGCGCAGCUCGUGCGUUCCUGCGUGCGGCUACAACCGCAGUUGCCGAGCUCGAGGCGACUGAAACCGGAGAGGAGCUGGAAAUAUGAUGACGGAAGCACCGAGUGGUUCCUCGGCAUCCCGACAGCUGUAACGUCGGCGGAAAACACCCGCGGAUCCAUCAGAGGUUCGACCUUCAGAGCAUCACUUUGCUUGAUAUCUCCUCAGCAGCAGAAUGAUCGAGGAAGGCAGCAAACGAGGCAAGGCCAUGGUCGAGAAGAGACAGCUCUUCAUGGAAAUGAGAGCACAAAACUUUGAUGUUAUUAGAUUGUCAACUUAUAGGACUGCCUGCAAACUCCGGUUUGUCCAAAAGAGAUGCAACCUCCAUCUGGUCGACGUCUGGAACAUGAUCGAAGCUUUCCGAGACAACGGGCUCAACACGCUGGACCACCACGCGGAGAUCAGCGUGUCGCGGCUCGAGACUAUUCUGUCUUCCAUCUACUACCAGCUCAACAAGCGGCUGCCCACCACGCACCAGAUCAACGUGGAGCAGUCCAUCGGGCUGCUGCUGAACUUCAUGGUGGCCACCUAUGACAGUGAAAGUCAUGGGAAGCUGACCGUUUUCUCAAUGAAAGCCAUGCUGGCAACGAUGUGCGGAGGAAAAAUCGUGGACAAGCUGCGCUAUAUUUUUUCACAGAUCUCUGACUCAAGUGGAAUCAUGGUGUUUGCAAAGUUUGACCAGUUCCUCCGGGAGGUGUUGAAGCUCCCCACAGCCGUGUUCGAGGGCCCGUCCUUUGGCUACACGGAGCAUUCGGUGCGGAUGUGCUUCCCUCAGCAGAAGAUCAUGUUGAACACGUUCCUGGAUGUGUUGAUGGCCGACCCUCCUCCUCAGUGUCUUGUAUGGUUACCACUCAUGCACCGACUUGCUAAUGUUGAAAAUGUCUUCCAUCCGGUCGAAUGUUCUUAUUGCCGGAGUGAGAGCAUGAUGGGUUUUCGCUACCGGUGCCAACAGUGCCAUGGCUACCAGCUCUGUCAGAGCUGCUUCUGGCGCGGCCACGCCAACGGCCCCCAUAGUAACCAACACCAAAUGAAGGAGCACUCGUCCUGGAAGUCUCCGGCCAAAAAGCUGAGCCACGCAAUCAGUAAAUCUUUGGGCUGCGUCCCCAUCGGAGAGCCGCCGCACCCCGUGUUCCCCGAGCAGGCCGAGAGACCUCAGGAGCUCCCCCACACCGUUCAGCCGAAAGCGGCGACCGUCAACAUGAACGACACAUUGCUCAUGACCUCUGGGGCACCCACUCCUACCAAAAGGUAAGCAUAACCAAGAGCCUGGUGUCUUUUUUGAAAAUGUAACUUGAAUAUCCUCAAAAA